AUGUCUUCCAACCCCAACCUCACAGUGUGGAACGCGGAUGUUCAAGCACCUCAUCGCCAAAGCCAACGACUUCUAACCAAGGAGCCACUACCAGGUACUGAUACGCGUCGUGUGGACGGUCGUAUGGACGGUACCCUCGAGGAGUUUUUGACCUGCGAGCCCUGGGAAGCCAAGCAGCGGGUCCAAAGACUCAUCAGCCUUGCCGAAGGUAUCGACAAUCGCCUCCCUGGUGAAAUCAAGCAAGCCCUCCAAAGGGAGCAAGAGAAGCUCGAUGAGCUGAACAAAGACUACGAUCAGGGGAACUACCAACGUGGCUCCAUCAACCGGAAGAAUCCCACGGCGCUCGUAGCGAUCAUCUACAGCGCGUAG